AUAAAUUGAAAGCACAGAAAGAGACAACAAUGGGUCAGGUGCUUUCACCAACAUGGACUCCAACUCCAACUCCUUGUUGUGUUGGAUUUCCUUUCGGUAUAAAUAUAUUCCCUUUCACGGUUACAGCGACAACAAUCAUCGGGAACCACACAAACACAGAGCCAAUUUUCAUUUGCUUGUCAAUUAAGAUGCCUUUGAAUUGUUCAAGUCUUGUAACCCAACGGCCAUUCAUCCGAACAACAAGACGAUUAUUGACUCCACACCAUGGAAAGUUUCACACCUUCUCUUUCUUAUUCAAUUGCCAACAUAUCACUAGAAACACCCAGUACAAAAGCAAAACACCCCACAGUGUUUCUUUAUCCAAGUUUGAUACUAACUAUUAUGUUUCUUCUUCGAUUAUGGAGGAGCAGCAGCAGGGAAAUCUUAGUCUUGACAAGUCUUUAGAGGCUAAGUACUCUAAAGAAUUGGAUGUUGCUGUGAGAGCUGUGCAAAUGGCUUGCUUUCUUUGUCAAAAAGUGCAGGAAAAUUUGAUUUCUAAGAGUAGUAAUCAGGUCCACUCUAAGGAUGAUAAUUCUCCUGUCACAGUUGCAGAUUGGAGUGUUCAAGCGAUUGUUAGCUGGCUACUUUCAGAGUCAUUUGGGAGUAAAAAUGUGUCAAUUGUUGCUGAAGAAGAUGUCCAAAGUCUGUCCACAGCUGAGGCAGCUGGCCUGUUAGAAGCAGUGGUGAAAACCGUGAAUAACUGUUUAGUUGAAGCACCCCGAUUUGGGUUCCAAGGUCCAGUCAUUCCCCUUAGGACCUCAGAGGUGCUUGAAGCAAUCAGUCGAUGCAACUCAAAUGGGGGCCCUGAAGGAAGAUUUUGGGCACUUGAUCCUGUUGAUGGCACAUUGGGGUUUGUACGAGGAGAUCAAUAUGCUAUUGCUUUAGCAUUGAUUGAAAAUGGAGAACCUGUGGUUGGAGUUCUUGGCUGCCCUAACUACCCAAUGAGGAAAGAAUGGCUGAGUUAUCAUCACCGCUAUCACAGAAUCAUAUCUAAAUUGACCCCACUGACAUCUGAGUCGUGGGACAAAGGUUGUGUAAUGUAUGCUAGGAGAGGUAGUGGAGGGGCUUGGAUUCAGCCUUUGAUCCUAGGAAAUAAGAAGCUAGUGUUGCUAAACUCUGCAAGGCCAGUUAAAGUUUCCUCCAUUGAGAAUCCAGCAUUGGCAACUUUCUGUGAACCGGUUGAGAAGUCAAAUUCAAGUCACUCCUUCACAGCAGGACUAGCUCACAGUGUUGGUCUUAGGAAGCAACCAUUGCGUGUGUACAGCAUGGUGAAGUAUGCAGCCAUAGCUCGUGGGGAUGCUGAAAUAUUUAUGAAGUUUGCAAGGUGUGGAUACAAGGAGAAGAUAUGGGAUCAUGCAGCUGGUGUUGUUAUCAUUGAAGAAGCUGGAGGUGUGGUAACUGAUGCUGGAGGACAUCCACUGGACUUCUCAAGGGGCAUAUAUGUAGAGGGGCUUGAUAGAGGUAUAAUUGCUUGUGCUGGUGCCAAACUUCAUGAAAAAAUCAUCAGUGCUGUUGAUGCUAGCUGGGACUCCUCUAGUCUAUAAACACCAAUAAGAACAAACCACUUUUCUAUUAUAAUGAAUGUUGAUGGUUGGGAAGGAUAGGCUUCAGUGCAUGCAAAAUCAGUAGGUUUUUUUAGCAAUGUUAUGUACACACACUUUUAAAUACAUAGAUGAUAUAUCAUCAUAUAAUUGAGUAUCUAA